GUGGCGAGGCUUUAAAAGGAGGAGGCUCAGAAAAAGGGGAGCUCACAGAGAAAGAGAUAGAAAGAGGGAGAGAGAGAGAGAGAGAGAGAGAGAGAGAGAGCAGCUCUGUUCACUUCAUCAUCAUUUUUCUCACUCAUUUGGAUUACUGAGGGUCAGACAGACAGGUAUUAAUAUGGGCGGAAAGCUGAGCAAGAGGAAGAAGGGAUACGAUGUCAGUGACCCUAAAGAAAAAAAGGAGGAGAGCGCUGUGGUAGCAACAGCUUCAACAGAGCAAAAAGCUGACAAUUCCGAUGCAAAACAGGAUGGAGCUGUAGAGAAUGAAGCAGAGCAAGUGUCCCAAAGUGCUGCAGUUUCUCCUGAACCUCCAUCGAAAGCUCAAACUGAGCAAAAUGCCUCAAUAAAUGAAGAAGAAAUUAAGGAAAAGCCUGCAGAGGCUGCUGGUGCCACAUUGGAAGCUGCUUCUGUUCCACAGGAACCUGUGAAAGAAGAGCCUACAACAAACUUAGAAAAAAUAACAGCAGCCCCGGAGGAACCUACAGAUGCCCCUGUGGAACCUGCUCUUGGCCAAGAGGAACCUACACAUGCUUCAGAACCAGCAGCUGCACUAGAGGAAACUGGGCAUGCCUCAGUACCAGCAGCUGCCUCAGAGGAACAUAUACCUGCCUCGGAAUCAGCAGCUGCCCCAGAGGAAACUACACUUGCUUCAGAACCAGCAACUGCACCAGAGGAACCUACAUCAGCCUCAGGAAAUUUAGCAGCUGCCCCAGAGCAAUCUGCAUCUGCCUCAAAAGAACCAGUAGUUGCCCCAGAGGAAUCUGCAUCUGCCUCAGAAGAACCAGUAGCUGCCCCAGUUGAACCUGCACCUGUUUCUGAAGAACCGGUAGCUGCCGCAAUGGAGCCUGAACCUGCCUUUGAAGAACCAGUAGCUGCCCAUGUGGAACCUGUUCCUGUCUCAGAAGAACCAACUGCUGUCCCAGUGGAACCUGUCUUUGAAGAACCAUUAGCUUCCCCUGUAAAACCUGAUCCUGUCUUAAAAGAAGUAGUGGCUGCUCCAGUGGAAUCUAUGCCUGACACUGAAGUUGUCCCAGAGGUACCCACUCCUGCCUUAGAAGAACAAGUAAAUGCCCCAGAGGUACCUAUACCUGCCUUAGAAGAAACAGUUGAUACCACAGAGGAAUCUGAACCUGCCUCAGUAGAACCAGAAACAAAUGAUUCAAUUGCUUCUCCAAUGCAAGCUACUCUAGAAGAACCACUGUUUCAAGAGGCUGUUUUGUCCCUGGUGGAGGCUGCAACUCCCUCAGAUAAACCAGAGGAACCACCAUCUCCAGCUGAAGCUGUUUCUGCCCUAGAGUGUUCUGCUGCUGCCCCGGAGGACCCUGCACCUGUCGGAGAAGGGAAUGUUUCUGCCCUGUUUGAGCCUAAAGUGGCACCCGAGGGACCAACAGCUGAAGAAGAAGACACUGUUUCUGUUCUGGAGGCUGAAGCUGCAUCCAAAGAACCAGCAACUGCCUCAGAGGAACCGUUAGUGCCAGUAGAAGCUGCUCCUCCCAUACCUGCCCCACAAGAACAAGCCGUUGCACCUGAGGAACCAGAACCACCAUCUAUAGUAGAGGUUAUUUCUCUCCCAGUAGAGGCACUUCCUGUCUCUGAAGAACCUAUAACUGCCUCAGAUGAAGCUGUUCCUACUUCACCAGAACCUUUACCUGAACCAAAGGAAAGUAUAUCUGUCUCUGAGUUGGUUGUAAGUGCUUCCGAAAAACCUACAGAUCCACAAGAAGUGGCAGCUCUUGAGGAAACAUCAAUUUGCCCAGUGGAGCCUGCAGCUGCCACAGAGCAGUGUGGAACUACACCAGACGAGCCUGUAAUUACUUUGGAAGAACCUGAAGCAGAACAAGUAGAGCUUGCAGCAGAACAAGUAGUACAGGAAGCAGUCCAGGAGGUUUUAAAUGCAAUGGAAGUUACACAGUUACCCACCAAGAUUACAGAACCUUCAGAUAUUUUGGAAUUUGAAGAAAAAACAGAGUCUUCUGAACCACUUCCUGAGUCCGAACCAGUUUCAGUACCACCUUCCGCUCCUGAACCAAAAGCUGAACCUGAAUCUAAUGUAGAUGUUGAGGAGACCAUUCCUGAUAUUGUCAUUUCAGAAUCCACCAAUGAGCUCAUACCUACAGAACCUUGCAAGGUUAUGGAGGAGAAGGUGGAAAAUGGAGAAUGGGAACACGCUGGAUCAGCAGAAGAACCAUUACUAGCUGUAGCUAAAGAAAACGGAGUGUGUGAGGUUCAAGUGAUGGAAGAUGCUCCUGUAGAUGCUCCAGUAAAUGGCCCAGUAAAUGCUCCAGUAGCUGAUCUUCAUGAUAAGGAGUUUGUGAAUGGUGUUGUGGCUGAACAGGAACUUAACUGUGAACUUAAAAAGGAUUUAAACAUAGCUGAUGAUAUUGGAGAUGUGGUGGAGUGUCUCAGUGCUACAGUGAGCCAGGCUGUAGACACGGCAUGAAAAUAAACCCCAAACCCUUCACAUGUGAAUUCCAAUUCCAAAACAGUACCAGCUUAUUGAAAUUUAAACAUCCAAACUUGAAGUGACUCAGGUUCAGAGAGUUUAUAGUUACAACCACUAAAGAAGAACAAGACAUGAAGUAUAAAGAGAAUUGUUGAGAAUGAAAAAAAUGUGAUUAAAAAAAAAGAGAAGAGAGAAGAAAAAGAUGGAGAAUAUUUGCCAUGUUGUGCUUGCCACUGUGGAACUUAACUGCCUGAGCUGGUUAAAUAUAGAAACCAGAAAAAAUUUGAAUGCUGGUUAAACAACAAAAACAACAAAAAAAAUCCAUACUGGACAUAAACCCUAAAAAAAUGAAAUUGUUGAAAUAAUGAAAUAAUUCUUGUGUUUGCUUGUGAGUUUGAUGAAAAUGAAAGUGGUUAUUGAAUUAGCAUUUAAAUAUACAUAAUCAAAUUUAGACUUUCACAUAUUUUUUUUUUGUCUAUGUAAUGGAGUAAUAAAGUUUUGUGCUUUUAGAGCUGAAACUGAGAGAAAUGUUCUCAUAACUUGACGUAGAUAAUAAAACAAACAAACAAAAAAAUGUUAAACUUGGAUUUUUAAUUUCAAUGAUUCUAGGAGAGUGCUUGAGACUAAACCAGUCUACUGCUCAUUUCUGUUAUAUUUAAAUGUUUAUUUGAAAUAAACUUCUCUGCACUUGGGGGCAGAAAAUUUAAAUAACA